AAACUAAGUUGCCUACGCUGAGUGUUGUAUUUUUAUUUUUAUUUGUAAUAUUCUAACCCUAGUUAUUAUUUACUUUAAUUUUAACUUUUAAUAAUGCGCAAAUACCAUCAAUUGUUACUCAUUAUAAUUUCAGUUUUUAGCUUAACAUUACUAUUGGUUUAUCGGCAUGAGUAUAAUCGUUUGCGUUAUGUUUUGGAAGUAUUCAAUUUCUUUGGGCAGCCAUGCAACUUCUCCGAACUAAUCACUUCUGGAAAUAUCUUGAAUCAUCAUGACUGGGGACCUGAUCCAGUUUGGACUCAAGAAGACUCGGUCUUUGUAUUUUCCAGUCACCUGACCAGUCAACAACAAUUGCAAUCGUUGGUGGUUAAAUCACCAAAAAGUGGUCAUGCAAAAAAUUGUUAUCUAUGGUUUGAUGAUAAUGAAUGGAAACCAAAAGUUGGCAAAUUAAGAUAUCAAAAUCUUUUUACAAACAACAGCUAUGAAGGCUAUUAUUAUAUUUGUGAAUGGACAGAAGCUGCAACACCUUAUGCAGUCUCCUACAGCAAAAAACAACUAGUUAAGAAUAUAAUUGUUCAAAACAAUGACAUAAGCAAUAAGUUUAAAAUGACGAUGUGUGUACCACCAACUAAGUUUCUUACCAAGAGAUUUCUAUCAGAGUUUCUUAGUUAUCACAACUUAGUUGGUGUAGAUUCGUUUAUUGUGUACUCAAAUGCACUUCCACACAAAACCGUCAAACUUAUCAAUAACUUAUCAAGGCAGCUCAAUUUCAACAUUUCAUUCUACUCCUACAAUUUUCCUCAGUACUUUGAGGAAAUUGUUGUUGAAGAUUGCAGAUUAAGAACGUUAAAGCAAUCAAAUUAUUCAGUUUUAAUGGAAGUAAAUGAAUAUAUGACACCUAGGAGUGGUAAGGAUAUAUUCAUUGCAUUGAAAAGUAAGACUGGUAUGUUCAAGCUGCCAAUUUUGAAGUUUUGCAUCAAUGAGCAGAUAUCAACAAAACCAAUUUCUUUACAAAAUAUUUAUUUAGUCAGAGAUGUGGAGAAACUGGUGAAGGUUGUUAAUGUGCAUAAUAAUGAUAAUAACGUCCCUGGUAAUGAAAGUGGCCUUAUUAGUAGUAAUAACAAUAUACAAAGAUAUGUGUUUUGUUUGGAUGCACUUGCUAAAGUUUACGCAGAUGAUACAAUUUUAAAGUUUUCAGACGAUUUUAUUAAAUCAACAUUGUUUCAAAUAAAUCUACACAAUUUUUUGUAAAGUUAUAUACAAUUUGUUAUAUAUACGUCUUCUAAAUAGCUAUAUAGAAGUUAAAGGAUAAAGAUGAUUUAAUCUUGUUUUUUACAGCCUUGUAAUUCGGAUUAAUCGUCAUGGUUUAUAACUUUAUAAACAGAUAGAGAGUUUUAUAUAUUGUAUUAUAAAGUUAUUAUAAAGUAAUUCUGCAGUAAAUAUAUGUUGCAAAAAAUAAGACGAAAAUAAAAGUGUUUGUGUAUACGGUGAUAACUUAUCCACCAUUAUAA